AUGUUCUGUCGCUUUGGUUUGUGUGAUCAUACCAUAUUUAGCUUGAUGAAAAUGAUGAUACAACCAGAAGGUAAAUAUCCACUCCAUUUGGCCAUCGAAAUGCAUCGUUUGAAAAUUGUGAGAAGAAUGUUAAAGUUGGGAGCAGAUGUGUCGGUUAAGGAUAUUAAUGGGAAUAACGCUAUUCAUUAUGGUUCGCUUGCAAGUGUUCAAAUGCUUGAGCUUUUAUGGGAAUUCGAUGAAUGUCAUGGUCUUAUUAACCAGACUAAUAAUGAAGGAUACGUACCUGUAAUGUUAGCUAUAAGAGCAGCUAAUCCACGUUGUUUUGCAACACUUCUAAAUUUUGGUGCCGAACUUAGUAUGCGGGUGCAAGGGCGUAACCCGCUCUUCGAAGCCAUGCAAAGCAAGGGGAAGAAUGCAGAGUUAGUACCAAUUAUCGAAGCAUCUCCUGAUCUAGUUAAAGAGCGAGACUCGUCAGGGAAUAGUGCCCUUCACGUUGCCAUGCAUAAAACACCACUGAUGGCAAAAAUAUCUUGUGACAUUGACCACAGAGUCUUAUUAUUCGAUUUUCAGGGUGAAAUUGGUUUGAUGAUCACUCUGUUGUCGUACUGUUGUGAUAUUGAUGCACAAGACAAUGACGGAAACACUGCACUUCACAUCGCUGUUUCGAAGAAGAACAAUGAGGCCACCAGGUUACUCCUCUGUCUUGGAGCGAACCCAAACUUGACAAACAGCAAUGAUGAAACUCCAAGGCAUUUGGCUGCUCGUUUGAAAGAAACGACACUCUUGAAAUCUCUUAUCAUGUGCGGUGCUCUCACUUGUCCUCCAAAAAAAGUGGGUUGUGUUUCUGGCUGUGUGAACGAAGCUAUGAAAGGAUUGUUUAUGUGCUUUAAGAUGUUCUACGACUCACUUAUUGCGCGCCUAGACGACUUAGAUUCACGUUGUGAAAAGCCGUCAAAUAUGCUAAAUCUUUUAUCGUUGGACGGUGGCGGUAUUCGAGGACUUGUUAUCCUUCAGGUAAAUUGUGACCCUUCCACAUUAAUUAUUCUAUUUUACUUUCUCAUGUUCUUUAUUUCAGGCAAAACUCUUCGCGAAUGUCAACAUAUCUACUUACGUUUCAAAGAUCUAAUUUUUGAUGGUUGGACGCGACCGUACAAUUCUGCAGUUCUUGAGAUGUUCAUGAAGGAAGCUAUCGGCGAGAAAAAUCUUGAUGAUAUCAAAUAUCCUAGACUUAUGAUUUCAACUGUAAGGGCAGAUUUCUUUCCUGUUAAGUUGGAGUUUAUGAGAAACUAUCAACUUCCACUAUCUGAAGAUGAAAAUUCUGCGUUAGGAUUCACUGAUCCUUCAGAAAUUCCAAUUUGGAAAGCAUUGCGUCGCACAUCGGCUGCUCCGAUGUUUUUCUCUCCUGUGGACGAUAAGUACAUUGAUGGAGGCAUAAUUGCUAAUAAUCCAACCCUCGAUUUACUUGCAGAGGCGCAAUUGUACAAUGGGAUCAAUACAUACCUGAAACGUCCUGAGGACAAAGUGGAGAUUGGUUGCGUGCUUUCGAUUGGUACCGGCCAGAUACCGCUGUCACCUCUUGAUCCCCUGCACGUCGAAAUUUUUAAUCCGAUUUCUAGUGCAUUUACUUUUAAAAACCUGAGCCUCAUACUCGUUGACCAGGUGACGGCAACCGAGGGUGCUCCUGUGGAUCGUUCGCGAUCUUGGUGCAAUGCUAUUGGGGUUCCAUUUUUUCGCUUUAGCGCCCCUCUUCACAAGGAUAUUGGUCUCGGAACAAAGGAUGAUCAUGAUAUCGCUCACAUGAUGUGGGACUGUGUUGAGUAUACUUAUCAGCAUCGUGCGUACAUUAGGAAACUGUGUACGCUUCUGAAACGUAUUGGUAAAACCCCUGAACGCCCACUUCCGUUCCCAACGAGGUAA